AUGGGACAUCAAGCUAAGAAAACCGCACUAAUUCCAAACUCUGUUCUGCGUAAGAGAAGGUCAUUCAAGCGACCUCCCAAUCAAUUUGGAAGAGGCAAGCAACCAAGUCUAUUGCAAGCAAUGGCUGCUGAACAAGAUGCUUUGGAAGAACAUAAUGCCAUGCGUAAAGUAGAUGAAGCCCAAAAUUCAUCGAAGAGAUCCUUGGAAACCGCCAUUCUCAAGCGUCGAAGGGCUCAGUUGCUCAUGAAGAACGCAGAUUUGGCAACCUAUAAAGCUGCAAUGGCACUUAAAAUUGCUGAAGCUGCUCUUGUUGCCAAUCCAACUGAUGAUGCUGUCACUCUUGCAAUUGAUUGGUAA